AUGGCCGCAAGCUCUCCCCCAUCGGGGGCAACUCCACAUCCACCUACGGAGGAUAAGUCGCCAGAAGGAGAUAAAAAACCUGAGAAAGGUGAUGCGAAACCACCUGAGCCGCGACUUGAUAUUGAAAAACCAUUAUGGGAUUUAAAUACAUUUGGUGGACGAUUUCGUCAUUAUUUAUGGAUAACUGAUUGUAGAACAGUCUUAGAAUCGAAUGAAACAUUGGAUAAAGCAAAAGAAUUAUACUAUCAGUAUAAAGAUGGACAAGAACCAGAAGGUACCACCCGUGAACAAAUAUUAUAUGCCAAAAAGUUAUUUGAGUCCUCAUUUCAUCCGGACACGCAUGAAAAACAAAAUGUAUUUGGACGAAUGUCGUUUCAAGUUCCUGGCAAUAGUAUUCUUUCGGGUAUAAUGUUGACAUUUUAUAAAUCAACACCAGCUGUAGUUUUUUGGCAGUGGUUUAAUCAAUCGUUUAAUGCAUUAGUAAAUUAUACAAAUCGUAAUGCAAAUGCACCGAUAACGGACACCCAGCUAUUUGUGGCUUAUGUUUCAGCUACGACAAUAGCAGUUGCUGUUGCAACGAUUUUAAAAAGUGCGUUAUGUCGAGCUAACCCUGUAAUCCAGAGAUAUGUACCAAUGGCUGCGAUAACUGCUGCUAAUUGUGUAAAUGCUCCAUUAAUGAGGCAAAGUGAAAUUCUAAACGGUAUUGACUUAAAUGACGAAAACGGAAAUCCAGUGAAUAUUAAAAGUAAAAUUGCACCCAUAAAAGGUAUAUCAGAAGUGGUUAUAUCCAGAAUUGCUAUGUCUGCACCGGGAAGUCUUCUUAUACCUCUAUUAAUGGAAAAAUGUUGGAUGAAAAGGCUUAAACUUCUUCAUAUGCCAAUUCAAGUAUUGCUUAUGGGAGCUUUCUUAAUAUUUUCUACUCCUAUGGGUUGUGCUUUGUUCCCACAAAACUGUUCUAUUCGUUCUUCAACAGUUGAAAAAUAUGAACCAAAGGAGUUUGCAAAAUUAAAGAAAGCAUUUGGAAAAAAAAUACCCGAA